UUGAUUUAUAAUAUCGAUAAACUACUUCCUCUUUCUCUUUUAAAACAAUAUAAUCGGACAAAAUGUUAAUAUUAAUAUUGGUAAAGCAUUUACCGUGAAUUAUUCAUCAUUUCAUUUUUGAGAGGAUGGCUUAGGAAUUUAUAAAAGCGGACAGAAGGUCACCUGACAACAAAUCAGAAUGAGUAAACGGUUAGAGAAAGGGGCGAGAAAGAAAAGAUCGUCGGAAGAUCCACACCAGCCAGUAAGACGCCAGCCUGAUAGAUUUACAGCAAGUCUGAGAAAAGCAUUGCCUACCAUGCAAAAUGUACCAAGUAAAACCAGUAUCAAAACGAGACAGUCACUGGGAAGUGAAGAAGUUGUCUCACCAACACCAAAUGGGAACAUCAUAGUUGCGGCUAUUGAUUUCGGAACGACAUACUCCGGCUAUGCUUUCUCCUUUAAACAUGAGUUCAAUAUAAAUCCUCUCAAAAUUCAUGGAAAUGAAUGGCGAAAUGUCACUCAAGGUCAGAUGAACGCGAAGCAACAGACAUGUUUGUUGCUUACAUCAGAGAGGAAGCUGCACUCGUUUGGAAACGAGGCUAAGGCUAAAUACUUAUCUCUGUCUGUGGAGAAUAAACAUGAAGAUUGGUAUUUCUUCUGGGAGUUUAAAAUGAGUCUUCACCAAGUAAAGGAAAUACAAGGCAACUAUCAGCUAACUGCAGAAAAUGGGAAAAAGUUAGAUGCUCUGACGGUUUUCGGGCUGUCCAUACGCUAUUUGAAGGAACAUCUAUUGGAAGUACUGCACCGUAGUUUCUCAGGUGUGAAAGACAGGGACAUCACUUGGGUGAUUACUGUUCCCGCUAUAUGGAAUGACUCCGCAAAGAAGUUUAUGCGAAAAGCUGCAGAGAUGGCUGGUAUAACUAAGAGUUGUAUCGAAAUAGCUCUAGAACCGGAAGCCGCAUCCAUCUACUGUCGACAGCUGCCUAUCACGCGAGACCCUCAAACAGAGACCGGCAUGACAAAGUUUCCAUCAGGAACACGAUAUCUCAUUUUAGAUUGUGGAGGCGGAACAGUCGAUGUAACAGUUCACGAAGUACUUGAAGACAACAAUUUAAAAGAGCUGCACAAAGCGACAGGAGGAAGAUGGGGCGGUACUGUUGUCAACAAAGCUUUCUUGAACUUCAUUUCUAAACUUGUCGGGACUGAAGUGUUUCAAGACUUCUCCACUAAACACAAGUCUGAUUAUCUUGAAAUGCUUGACGAAUUUGAGAACAAGAAAAGAAUGGCAAGACCCGAUUCCAUGGAAAUAGUUACAAUCCGGAUUCCAAUCAUGUUACAAGAUAUGUUUCGCGGCGCUUCGAACAUACCAUUGAAUGAUCAAGUGGUCAAAAGCAAGUACAAAGACAAGGUACAUAUUGUUGGCGAUAAGCUUAGAAUAGAUGCUGAUCUAUUUAAAUCCUUCUUUGAUGAUUCUGUCCGAGAUAUAAUUGCGCAUGUUCGUGAUUUGAUGGACUCGUUCCCAAGACCCGUGAAAGCUAUUUUGAUGGUUGGCGGGUUCUCUGAAUCACCAGUUCUUCAAAAGGCUGUUAAAGAUGGCUUUCAGAAAGAAGUAGAGGUUAUCAUACCUUUGGAUGCUAGUCUUUGUAUUAUGAAAGGUGCCGUCUUGUUUGGACAUCAGCCAUCGAAAAUCACUGAAAGAAGAUGCCGCUUUACAUACGGAGUGGCAACCGUUGUUUCAUUUGAUAAAGAACAGCAUCCAGAAGCGAAGAAAAUAGAAAUAGACGGAGAAGAAUUGUGUAAUGAUAUUUUCGAUAAACACGUAGAAGUUGGUCAAACAGUUGUUACUGGCGAAGCACAAUCUACAAGUACAUAUUACCCGAUGUCUGCUACAGACACCGUUUUCCCAGUGGUUUUGUUCAGAUCAACAAAUCCCGAUCCAAAGUUUGUUGACGAUCGAGGUUGCGAGUGCGUGGGUUACUAUCUUCUUGAAAGAACACCUGGAACAAGACUUGAUUCAAUUGAAGUUCGUCUCAUUUUUGGAGGCUCUGACAUUGUUGUAGAAUCAGUAAAAGCGGAUGGUAGUGUACAUAGAGCUGAUUUCAAAAUGGAUUAGGUCUUCGACAGUUAGACAGCAUAAGGCGUGUUAUAUAUGAAAAUGUUUUUGAGGGCCCCUUGUUUACAAAGAUGAUAAUAUGCAAAGUGUUCAAAAUGUAGAUUAAGGUCAUUAUUAUCACAAUCAAAGGUGACUAAACGUCAUAGGUUAUAAUUAUUAGUUUUUGCGUUUCCGUUGAUUCAUAAUUUACUGUUUUGUUUAAAUUAAUUCAAUAUUUGUCUUACCAGACCAAAUACAUUGUACAUUACCCCAGAGCCAAAAAUGCAAUUUCUGCGUUAUGAAAGUUUUGAUUGCUAAAAUUGAAGACGCUCGUGCAACUGUGUUAGUUGAGUAAAAAAAAAUUUCAUUAUCCACACAUGUUCCAACCAUGUACAUACUUAACUUUAACUUUCUUAACUAAGCCAUCUUUAUUUAAGAUGAGUGGAUAUAUUGAUUGAAGGAAACAAAUUGACUGUUUUUAUAAUCUAAUAACACCAUCAUGCCAUACACACGAAUUGAGGCCGUUUUGAAACUAGCUAUUUGUCUUCUAGAAAGAAAAUGGCAUUAAACGCUUUUGGAUACUACAGAUUCUUACAAAAAUUUGAAAUUUACCAACCUCAUGCUUAUCUUAAUCUAUGCUUCUCGUAGCCUACCUUCCAUAGUUUUGCUUCUGUACGUUGCAAGACAAUAAAUAACAUUAGCAGGUUUACUACUGCAACAAAUGGAUAAAAGGAUAAUGUAGACAGUUGUAAAUAUUUUUAUCUUGUCCUUAAUUUUUGCAGAUGUAAUUAUACUUGCAAUCGCUAUCUCCAUCUGUCUCGAUCUCGAGAAAUAAGAGAGAGAGAGAGAGAGAGAGAGAGAGAGAGAGAGAGAGAGACAGACAGAUAGAGAGAGAGAGAGAGAGAGAGAGUCAUUGUUACUUUUCAAUAUUUCACACGAUUAAAAUGUUUCAAGGUAUAUUUCACAAUAAUAUCCAAGAUUUUCUUAUUGAUAUUAAAAUCAUUGAUCAUGAAAACUA